CCAUGUAAGGCGCGUUGGAGCCUGGUGGUGGAUAAUAGCUGGUGGAGCUUGCUCUCUCUCUCUCAUGCCAUGCUGGGCCAGAAGGGCUCCGGGAGACAAGCAUUUACCCAUAUCCGGGUUGGAGGAAAGGAAAAAAGUUUCAUUUAAACCUGGACGACAAACUUCAGCAUGAAGCCUCACUGACCGCGCCAAAGCCGCGGCUGUCAACAACGCAUUUCACCGCCGAUUUUUACAAGCAUUACAGCGCUAUAACACAGCUUCGUUUUCCCGUUGAAUAUUUUUUUCCUGCUUGUGUUUUUCCUCUGUCUGUAUUUUUUUGUGUGAUAGAGUUCUGUGCGUCGGUCAGUGUCCCUGUCUAAAAUGUUCAAGUGACAAUGGCUGCGCAAGUGGCAUCAGCACCGACAAUAACUAAUAAUAAGAAUAAGAAAUUGUCUGGCAAUUUGGGUCAAGAGAUACAUUCGGGGAAAUCAGGAGGAGGAAAUAUAUCGAGAUCUGGAGAAAUGCUUGGAGCUCUUGAUGGGACUAACACAAUGAAUAAUGUUGAUCACCACCACCGACAUGAGCUCAACAUGGUCAAUUCAACUUAUUCUCCGAAUAACAAUUCUGACACACCGGAGAAGGAGAGUGGAAAUAACGUCACUUCGUCAGAUUCGACGACCUCUCCGGGGGGGAUGGAAACCGGGUUGAUAGAGAACCAUAAACUGAAAAAUGUUGGGAGCGGAGAUCCCCCUCAGCACCUCACACCGCCCCAACAGCAGUCCCAAUUUAACCCGUUUCCUCAGCAUCAGCAGCGCCAGAUCCAAAGUAACAACAACAACAGCCAAGCUACAAGGGGAGAGAGUGAGAAUCACCAUCACGGAGGGAAGGGGGGUGUUUUGGGUAGCCUGCCAGAGCAGCAGAUGCUGAGUAAAGGUGAGGGGGAUCAUACCUGUAAACCAGGGGAGCGGAUGGGUGCUAGGUAUGAACAUUCCAACUUGGGACCAACGACAAACAACAUCAUCAGCCAGCCCCAGAGCGCGGGAGGAAACGAGUUUAAUAACUACUAUGGCACUUCCAGAGUAGGGCCCUGCUAUGAUCAACAUGGCGGACAACAAAGCACAGGGAUGGGGAUGAUGCACUCUUCGGGACCCAACAACAUGGACCCAGUGCACAACUCCCAAGAAGGGUACCACAACAGCCACUACAACCACUAUUCUGGCUACCGGCAGGGCUACUGUGGCGCGGGCUAUGGCAUGAUGGCCCCGUCCAGACAGGGCAGUAACAUGCUGAUUGGCCCUGGCAGCAACACUCCAGCUGGCCAUGUCAAGGCUGCUAUGGGAGCUGCUGCCUGCGGUUCUGGUGGAAGUGUUGGGGGCUUUCAGAGAUUCCCAGGACAGAGUCAGCAUCCUACCGGGGCCACCCCGACACUAAACCAAUUACUGACGUCUCCAAGUCCAAUGAUGCGAGGUUAUGGAAGUGGCUAUCAAGACUAUAACAGUCCCUCUGCACAACAACAAGAUGGCAUCGGCCUGGGCAAAGACAUGACUUCUCAGUAUGGCUCCACAACCCAUGGCUGGCCAGGGCAACAGAGAAAUCACCCGUCCAUGAUUCCUGGAAACGGAGGGCCAGGUAUCAGCAGACCACAGGUGGCCUCUAAGGACUUCAUGGCUAUGAAGCGCUCCCAGCUCUACGGGAUGGGCAACAACCCCUACUCUCAGCAGCAGCAGGGUGGGCCCUACCCCAACCAGCCAUACGGAUCGCCCACUCCACACCGAUACCCAAUGGGGAUGCAGCGGAGGGGCCAGGUGGGCAUUGGCGGGAUGCAGUACCCUCAACAGCAGCAGGGUCCCUCCCAGUAUGGCCAGCAGGGUAUAGGAGGAUACAGCCAGCAGCAGCAGCAACAGCAGGGAACGACCCCGGGACCCUACUUCAGCCCCCCCCAGCAGAACCCCACCGCCCCCCCUUCACAGCCCCCCUACCUGCCACCCCACGCCCCACCUCAGCAGGCGGCUCCUCAGGAGAGUUACGGAGGCAGGAGUCAGCAGCAGGCCCCAGGGAAUUCUGGGAAGGCCAACCAAGAGGACAUGGGUCUGAUCUCGCAGGACCGCCCCUCCAGCCUCCCGGUGAGUGACAGCUCUCCCAGCCAAUCUCCACACAUUAUCCUUCUACUAAAGUGUCAUAUAGGAGUGUCACUUGAAAAAAAGUCCCCUAAUUUGAGAGCGUUAAAUAUGUAAAAUAUUGUAAACAAUUGCAACCUGUGAAAGGAUGAAAUGAAAGGAAGAGGGCAAGAGCAAAGCACAGUGCACACACAGCCUGAUGAAGGGAUAAACUCACUGCAACCCAUCCCCUUUCUCUUCCUUCCUCUUCCUCUGUGCUCCUUGAGCUGCCAACACUGAAUUGGUGGAGAGCCCUGUCACUCAUGGCUGGAUCAGAGUUCCGUGCUUUAAUCAGACCUGCUGAUUCCCUGUAGGCUUCUCUUCACCCUCAGUAUCUGGGGGCAGACCUAGAUUUCUGUGCCCAUUUCAGAUCUAAUGCCCACAUGAACACUAUGCCAAGCUGUUGUGACUGGCACUGCCUACACAAGUAGAAAGGCGCACCUUAGAUUAGGCUCUACUACACUAAGUAUCGUUAGAGCAGACCGCCCCCCCUCCCCCAUCUAUUUCUCCAUCCCUUGCUCAUUAAGAUAGGAAUGAUUAAGGGGGGUGAGUGGAGGAGUAAUUGUGGAGAGUGUGUAAGACCAGGCAAAACAGGAGAGGAGGUGAGGAGAGGAAAGGACAGGAGAGGAGAGAAGAGGAAAGGAGAGAGGAGAGGAAAGAGGACAAGUGGAGAGAGGUGAGAAGAGAUUAAAGAAGAGAGGAGGAGAGGAGUGGAUGAGAGGGGUGGAGAGAGGAGGUGCGGUAUACAGGGGGAAUAUUCAGAGCUGUAUUCUGCCUCAUACACUCAUUUGGUUUAAUUAGAAUGGGGCUUGGAAGUGCCCUCUGCUAGUCUUUAAGGUAGUCAAUAUGGAGGAAGUAGAACAGCACAGGGACCAUCAUACUCACAUCCCUCCCUCUUUCUUCCUCUCUUUCAAUCACUCCCUCUCUCUUUCUCUCCCUCUCAUCUUCUGCCUUUUUCUCGUUCUCUCUCUUUUAACUGUCCCUCUUUACUGAGGUAUAACCCUCUGCUGUCUCACUCUGUCACAUGCUGCCCAUUCUACUUUUCUCUCUUCCACCCUCCCUUCAUUCCCUCUCUCUGUCUCUGAACCAAUAUCAAUUCAAUUCAAUUCAAUUGAAGGGCUUUACUGGCAUGGGAAACAUAUGUUUACAUUGCCAAAGCAAGUGAAGUACAAAAUAAGCAAAAGUUAAAUAAACAAUAAAAAUUGACAGUAAACAUUACACUCACAAAAGUUCCAAAAGAAUAAAGAUAUUUCAAAUGUCAUAUUAUGUAUAUAUACAGUGUUAUAACGAUGUGCAAAUAGUUAAAGUACAAAAGGGAAAAUAAAUAAACAUAAAUAUAGGUUGUAUUUACAAUGGUGUUUGUUCUUCACUGGUUUCCCUUUUCUUGUGGCAACAGGUCACACAUCUUGCUGCUGUGAUGGCAGACUGUAGUAUUUCACCCAGUAGAUGGGAGUUUAUCUAAAAAUAAAAAUAAAAUAAAAAAGAUUAUUUGUGGAGUUGUAAUCUGAGGGAAAUAUGUGUCUCUAAUAUGGUCAUACAUUUGGUAGGAGGUUAGGAAGUGCCGCUCAGUUUCCACCUCAUUUUGUGGGCAGUGUGCACAUUGCCUGUCUUUUGAGAGCCAGGUCUGCCUAUGGCGGCCUUUCUCAAUAGCAAGGCUAUGCUCACUGCAAGUUGACCACCACAGGGCAUCUUGGAGAAGCGUUUGAUAGUCUUCAAUAUUGGCAUUAAUAGAGACUUUAAACCUUUUUUGUAAGAACAUAAAAUAUGGGAUUGAUUUUUAAGAAAUGUAGCUUAAUUAAUUUGAUUAAUACUAUGAUGUUUCUAUUCCAAGAAAAACAAAAGACAAAACCCUCAGGGUUUCCGUUAUGAUGAAAUCGGAAGAUAUAGCGCUGUACAACGUGACGGUCGGGAGUAGGCUACAGUACUAAGAGCAUAAGAGGAUUCUAAAUUAAUAUCUACGGGGCAUACCAUUUCCACACCCUAAUUGUAGUGUAACCAAUACCCAAACGGAGAUUCAGUGAAAAUAAAAAUCUCAUUAAUUUAUCAAGACCAGUCCCCAUGUUGUUUCAAGGCAACACCAAACGAUGCUGAAAUAGCUAUUGCUUCAAAUCCUAUUGCUUCUAACUUCAAUAUGCUUUUUAAAUAAAUAAGGUUGGAACAGAAAAUACGGCACUGCACAACGUGACGGUUCGGAAUAGGCUAUAGUACUGGGCUAUUCAGCUAAAAUUCAGCUGUGUUGUGCGGGCACGCGGGAGACCGGGGUUCAAUUCCCUGAUGGGGAGGAAGGAGUAGACUGUCCUUGUAAAUAACAAUUUGUUCUUAACUGACUUGCGUAGUUCAAUAAAAGUUACACUAAGAGCAUAAUAUUUCUACACCCUGAUUGUAUAAUUGUAGUCUAACCAAAGCCUAAAUGGAGAUUCAGUGAAAAUAAAAAUCGCAUUGAUUUAUCAAGACCAGUCCCCAUGCUUGUCUCAGAGCAACACCAAACUGUGCUAAAAUAGUUGUAGGCUAUUGCUUCAAAUCCUAUUGCUUCUAACUUCAAUAUGCUCUUUAAAGA